CCAGAGUUAGCUUCAGGGUUUGGUUGCGCCCUGCUGGUGAGUGGGAGAAGAUUGACAGAAGGAGCUUCUUGCAUUCAUAUCAGAAGGAAUCUUCCCUUGAAAAACGAAACAGACGAUGGGCAAAAAGAGUCGAGUAAAGACUCAGAAAUCAGGGACGACUGGGACAGCCUCGGUGUCCCCCAAAGAGAUGAUGAACCUGAUCUCUGAGCUCCUACAGAAAUGCAGUGGUGCAGCUCCGUCUCCAGGAAAGGAGUGGGAAGAGUAUGUCCAGAUUCGCACACUGGUGGAAAAAAUCCGCAAAAAACAAAAAGGAAUGUCUGUGGUGUUUGAAGUCAGUAGGGAGGAUUAUUUCCUCGAGCUCAUGGCCUGGGCAGCUGAAUGUGGAGCAUCCUGUGAGGGCUUCGAGAUCUCAAGCUUUGGGGAUGAAGGAUACGGCCUCAGAGCCACCAGAGACAUCAAGGCUGAAGAGCUGUUCCUCUGGGUUCCCCGGAAGAUGUUGAUGACCGUGGAAUCGGCUAAAAAUUCAGUUCUAGGCCCUCUGUACGCUCAGGACCGGAUCCUGCAGGCCAUGGGGAACGUGACUCUGGCUCUACACCUGCUCUGUGAGAGAGCGACCCCGGAGUCACCCUGGCUGCCCUACAUCAAAACCCUGCCCUCUCACUACGAUACGCCUUUAUACUUCGAAGAGGACGAAGUGCACCACCUGCUGGCCACCCAGGCCAUUCAGGACGUCCUGAGCCAGUACAAGAACACGGCGCGGCAGUACGCCUACUUCUACAAAGUCAUCCACACUCAUCCCAAUGCCAGCAAACUGCCCCUGAAGGAUGCUUUCACCUUUGACGACUACAGGUGGGCCGUAUCGUCUGUGAUGACCCGUCAGAACCAGAUCCCUACGGAGGAUGGCAGUCGGGUCACGCUUGCUCUCAUCCCACUCUGGGACAUGUGUAAUCACACCAACGGCCUGAUUACGACCGGUUACAACCUGGAGGAUGACCGAUGCGAGUGUGUCGCUCUGCACGACUAUAAAGAGAGCGAGCAGAUCUACAUAUUCUACGGCACAAGAUCGAACGCAGAGUUUGUCAUCCACAACGGCUUCUUCUUCGAGGAGAACGCACACGACCGGGUGAAGAUCAAACUGGGCGUCAGUAAGAGCGAGAGGUUGUACGCUAUGAAGGCCGAGGUGCUGGCUCGCGCUGGAAUCCCUGCAUCGAGCGUUUUCGCCCUGCACUGCAGCGAACCGCCCAUUUCAGCCCAGCUCCUGGCCUUCCUCCGCGUCUUCUGCAUGACGGAAGAUGAACUUCGGGACUACCUGGUGGGUGACCACGCUAUAAACAAGAUCUUCACGCUGGGGAACGCAGAGUUCCCUGUCAGCUGGGAGAACGAGAUCAAGCUGUGGACAUUCCUGGAGACGAGAGCUGCUCUGCUCCUCAAAACCUACAAAACCACAUCAGAGGAAGACAGCUCCAUGCUGCAGAAACCUGACCUCUCCCCACACUCACGCAUGGCUAUAAAGCUGCGUCUGGCUGAGAAGACGAUCCUGGAGCGAGCCGAGGCCAGUGGCCGCGCCAAGCGACUGCACUUCCAGAAGCAGCUGGACGAGGGCGCUCCUUUGCCCGUGUACGAGGAGAGCGACAUCGCGCUGUUGGAAAACUCCGACGCCAAGCUGCCCAUUGUCCUGCGCCAGCUAGAGGAAGAAGACGAGAACGAAGAGCUGAAGAUGCCGCUUCUCAAUGGAGAACGCAAGCAGAAGGAGAAAGAGAAACGGAAGGAGACCGGAGGAGAGAAAGCAGAGUCGAGCUCGCAAAGAACUGAGGAGACGGCCGAAGUCCAGGAAUAGCCGAAUUCGACAUGGUUUCGCAUAACGGAUUUAUUUAUUUUUUUUUGUUUUAGAAAGUAAAAGCAAUCGAAACUAAAACAGCAGUCUGUGUUACUUCGCUUUUUCUUCUUUUCUUUUUUUUUUUAUAUAAAUGUGAUUUCAGAUGAUGUUCUGUCAUUCUAUCACGUUUUUUUUCCUUUUAACAGUGAUACACUGGUUUCUUAGAUUUUUUCGGUUUAUUUAAAGCAGGUGGCUCCUCCCAUUUCGAAAGACUCGGAAAUCGGAGGACUCUGAGAAUGUGAUGUGAUGGAUCGUCAUCAUCGGACAUGUGGAUCUGAUGGACAGAGCUGGAGUUUUGCUCGUUCGGGAUUUCGUUUGACUUUGGUUUUAUUAGUUCCAAAUGUUUUGUUACUAAAUUAGAAAUGUCCUCAUUGUUUACUUUUACCUGAAAUGUAGCAUGUUUAGUGCUUGGAGCAAUGAGGCUAGCUUAUAGCUACGAGUUUGCGACUGCAUACCAGGUGAAAAGCGACGCUGUAGAUUAUUAUUAUUAUUAUUAAAAAAAAACUGUUAACAAUUUCAAACAUAAUAUCGCUUUUUGUGAAAAUUUUAUUGACGUUCUUACAGUUAAAAUGUAAUGGUUAAAACUCCACCCUCUAUCUUCAAGAGGCGGAGUUUAAUCUCCAGUGGUUUGUGUGCAGGAUAUCUAUUGAGAUGCAAAAUGAAUCUUCAAACAGCAAUGCAUUUAAUUGCACUUUUAUUAUCUAUUGUUGUAUAACUCGACAAAUUACGCACACAUUUUGAGCAAAAUAUUUUUGUUCCUUAAUUCAGCUGCAAAUACAGUAGGGACAAAAUCGUCUGUCUUUACCCUG